UGUGGCUCGGCUGUUGGGUGCUGUGGGAUGGUUGGGGCUGGGAAAUGAGUUCACCGAAGCGCUGACACAGGUUGCACGGAGAGGCGGCGGUGCCCCGUCCCUGCAGACAGCCACGGUCAGGUUGAAUGGGCUCUGAGCACUGAUGGAGCUGUGGGUGUCCCUGUUCAGUGCAGGGAGUGGGACAGAUGGCCUUGAAGGGUUCCUUCCUACUCAAACCAUUCUAUGAGGUACCCCUCCAUGCCGGAGGGGCACUUAGCUGGGAGAUCACUGCAUGGCCAGCAAUCCGAAGGGCUGAGGAUGAGGACGUGGGCGACGCCGCGAUGCUGCAGUCAUGGAAAGGUCAUGAGAAAGAACAUUUGGAUGCCCUGGAGAGAGGAAUGCGGGCUGCGGGGCUGUUUGUGCUCGCUGCUGGGGCAUGGAGGGGACGGCGAGCUGCCAAGCACACUGCUCCAGCUCUCAGCUCAGCUCGGAGGGGUGCAGCGUAUCACAAACAAUUCCUAGAAGCACGGCCCUGCUGAGCCCAACCGCACGCCUUUGCACAUUUCCUCCCACAAAGGUGCUGUUUUUUAACAGCCCUGGCCUGAGGGGAAUCGCCGUUCUGCAGGCGUUGCUGCUUGUAUGUAUUUACGUUGAAGCUGUGCCUGGAGCCAAGGAGAUGGUUGUGUCCCUCUGUGCAGCAAACCCAGAGCACAGAAAGAACGCGUUGCCCUGGAAGGCUGCUAGGAGCCGUGAUUUAUGGGGCUGCAUAUGAGAUCUGCAAGCUGGUGGCCAUACCUUAUGUCCCCCAGGCGCAUAUGCUUUAAUUUUGCCCUAGCAAAUCCCUAGCAUCCCACGUUUGCAGGGGGAAGUCAGCCAUCUGCUCCUCACUUGCCAUUGCUGGAGGCUUUGUGUGCAGCUGAAGGGGCAUCUCUGCUCACCUCAGAGGACGUGGAUAAGGACUUGGAGUGAAGGGAGGACAGCAGCUCACAGCUCCAGGGCUGGCACACAGCUGCAGGCUCUGCUUGCUGCCUCUCUCCCUGCUCACAUCAGCGAUGGUGCCGCACGUGAUGGACGGGCAUUUUUUUCUGAUGAGCCAAGCUUGAAAAUCUGCUGCCUUCAAAAUGUUUUUGAGCAUCAGGCUUUGUGGGUGAUGGCUUGUUUGUAGUAAAGUUAAGCAGCCUCAGCCUGAGAUAUCUUCUAGCAAUGCUUUUGUGGCAAAGAGGCCCCAGGGAUGCUGUGUGCACAGCGUUGGGAGGGAAGGAUGCUGCACAGACGUGGCAGGAGGAGAUGUAAGUUGUGAAAGCAAAAUGUGGUUGAAACAAAUCCAAAUUUCCUUUUCAGCCCGUGGGGAGAAAAAAUGGGCAUUUCUGUGGCACCAUUCAGCUCAAUCCAGUGCUGGCGUGUGAAGCAGGGCACGAGGACGACGUUCCCCCAUGAUGACGGCCAUCCUGGAGCGCCUCAGCACGUUGUCCCUCAGCGGGCCGCAGCUCAGCCGCCUUCCCCGCCUGCUGGAGGAUGGCUUCCCCAAGAUGCCGUGCACCGUCCCAGAGGGAGAAGUGCCACAGCUUUUCCGUGAGCCGUACAUCCACGCCGGGUACCGUCCCACUGGGCAGGACUGGAGGUACUACUUCCUCAGCCUCUUCCAGAAGCACAACGAGGUGGUGAAUGUUUGGACUCAUCUCCUGGCGGCGCUGGCCGUGCUGCUGAGGUUCAAAGCAUUUGUGGAGGGCGAGCAACUACCCCUGGAUGCUUGGUCUUUGCCUUUGCUCAUCUUUGUCCUCUCCUCUGUCACCUACCUGACCUGCAGCCUCCUGGCCCACCUGCUGCAGUCCAAGUCAGAGCUGUACCACUACACUUUCUACUUCGUGGACUACGUCGGAGUCAGCACCUACCAGUACGGUAGUGCCCUGGCCCACUUCUACUACAGCUCCGACCAAGCGUGGUAUGACAAAUUCUGGCUUUUCUUCCUCCCGGCAGCUGCUUUCUGUGGCUGGCUGUCAUGUGCUGGAUGUUGCUACGCCAAAUACCGGUACCGACGGCCUUACCCCAUCAUGAGGAAAAUGUGCCAGGUGAUCCCAGCCGGGCUGGCCUUCAUCUUGGAUAUCAGUCCUGUCGCUCACCGGGUGGUCGUGUGUCACCUGGGGGGCUGUGAGGAAGAUGCUGCUUGGUACCACACGUACCAGAUACUGUUUUUCCUUAUCAGUGCUUAUUUCUUCUCCUGCCCGGUUCCUGAGAAGUACUUCCCUGGCUCCUGUGAUAUCAUUGGCCAUGCCCACCAGAUCUUCCACACCUUCCUGGCUAUCUGCACCCUAUCGCAGCUGGAGGCCAUUUGUUUGGAUUACAAGAACAGGCAGGAGAUCUUCCUAAAAAGACAUGGGCCUUUCUCCAUCUAUCUCUCCUGCAUCUCUUUUUUCGGCUUGGUGGCCUGCAGUGCCAUCACAGCUUACAUCCUGCGAUGCAGGAUCAAGGCCAUCCUGGCUAAAAAGGACUCCUGAGAAUCGUGAAGGUGAUGGGCAUGACACCACCCAAAAAGAAAAAAAAUAUUAAGAAAAGGGGCAUAGCAUCUUAGAGGCAUAACUGGCUUAUUUGCCUAACACACUGUGACUAACCUGGACCUUGGACUGAGGUGGAGGGCUGGAUACUUCAUGCUGGAUGCAUUUUCACAGCAGGAGCUGCCUUCUGCCAUGCAGGGGGACGUGGGGUGUUUUAAGCCACAAAAGUCACUUAACCAAGGAUACUGGAAUAGGCAGAGGUUCUUUGUUCUCUCUAGUGAACCUGUGGGAGAUACCUUGCUGAACGUGAAGGAUGGUAGCCAGGGGGCUGUGCAACUGUAGAAGGGUUUUCUAGGGCUCACAGCACAGUGGAGAACCCACCAUGAGGCCUCCGAGUGGACAUGUUGACGUCUUUGGGUUUUGCCAUUUCUGCUGGCUGAGGAGAGACUUGCUAACAUCAAAGGCAGUUGUAAGAUUUCAUUUCUAGGGUUCAUUUGCAAGGGUGUGUGUUACAGUGGCUGGAUUAAUCCUUUUCCAGCUCCAGCUCAGCUAAACCAGAUUUUAUCUAUGACCCCCUGAAGUAUCUCAACAGCAGGUUGCUGAAGUAACAUCAGCAAAGUAUGCUUGCAGACCAAGACUUGACCUAGAGUCCUCUAGAAUCAACUGGAACUGAACCUGACCCCCAUGUCUGCCAGGCACUGUUGUGGUCCAGCCACCCCCUGGUUGGGGAUGUUAGGUCAUCUGUAUCUUUUCUUUCUGCACAAUUGCACCAUCCGCGGUAAAACUGCUUAGCAAAGCUAAGCAGGCUGUCCCAGCUCUUCAGAGGCUCCUGCUUUCCAUUUUAAGUGCUUACUUGCCUUUGAGGACUUGGCCCUGGAAUAGGUUGGAGCUGAUUUUUGUAGCUUUUCUCGGUAGCAGUGGCAGAGGUUGAGCACUCCUGUGACCAUCAGCAUUCAAGAUGCUGGCACUGGGAGAGGAAAUAUAUUUGUUGAGAGAAGUGCCUCUUUUUCUGCCUGUGUGACAUGUUCAUACAUUCCUGCAAAGACUGAUUCCAUAUCAUCUGCCAUGGGAGUCUGACUGGCCUCCAAUUCUGACCAUGCAGUACAGAACUAACUUGGGUGUGAUCUGUCUGGAAUGGGAAAGCAGCUGGGGCCUGGGCCUCCUAGGGCUCCUGGAAUGGUCAUGGCCAAAAGAGGAUGAAAGUGAAGUGGAUGUGGAGUCUUUAUUCCCUUCUUAAUGGUUCUUUUCAGGAUGCCAAGCAAUCUUUGGUAGACCUUGUGGGAAAGAUGGCCGUGAAUCUGCAAGGUUGCUCUUCUCCGACUUAUGGGGCUUUGAAUCAGGCGUGUCUUUAUCGGCAUUAGAUGAAGGUAGAAUGGCAAAAGGCAGGAGCAGGUUGACAGAAUUAAGGUCUUUUGUAACCUUGGAAUGGGUUUGUCCUCGGAACUUGGAGGUUCUUGUGUGGAGUAGCAAAUAUAGUGGUGAGGAACACCGGUGUCUGUGAGUCACUCCUGUCCAGAGAGCAGGAAGGGUUGUUUUACAGUGUCCUCAGCUAAAUGAACCUCUUCUGUAAUUGCUGGAGGGAUAUUUGAGGUAUGGAGCCAUAUUGUAGCACUGAAGUUAGUAGCACUUACAGGACUGGAUGCCCAUACAGAUAGAUUCCAGACUACCUACCUUCUGUUGAACGUACUGCUCACUUUUCACAGUUAUCUCUGAGUCCUUCCAGCUGUAUUCUUACAGAAGACCUGAAGCCUCAAAUGCCAUGACAUCUAUACCACGAUGUAUAAAUCUUCACUGAAAGCAAGAAAGGUGUGGGAUCAAUUCCAGCCAGAGAUCUGUCUCACUGAAUCCAAGGGCAGGCAAAUGAAUGGUGGUUGCUGGUAUUGAGCAGGAAGACUUUAGGGCUGGGGAUAUGAUUUGUCAAGGCAAGCACCGAUUUCUGCACUUGAUCUGGUUUUUAACUAUUGAGAUGUAUUUGUGCAUGUGCAUGCAUGCCUGAUUUAAUACCCAAAAAGGUUUUGCCUUCGGCUUUUUUAUCUACAGAGCCUCCUAGCUGGGUCAAGAUUAGCUUGAAGGAAGUAAUGCCGUGCUGCUGGAAGAGCAUGGGGGCCAAACAACAACAUCUUUGAAAACUACCUAUUAAUAGGUACCUUGCUGCCACAACAAAAAGGUUUUGUGCACAAAGCUGAAACUCUGACCUAACUGAUAAAUUAAGUGCAAAGGAUGAGGAGAGCAAUUUUUGAUUACAAGAGAAGAAAUCACAGGAAAAAUUUGGAGAAGUCAUCUAGUCCACCCUUUCCCAUCACUGUAGGCUUCCUUGUUCACAUCUAGCCCAGCUUAGGAGCACUCAGAAAUUGGUAAUGACUUCAUUUCCUACUCUGCUUAUUGACUUACACCUCCUCACACUGCACCUUUUGCACAGAGGUUUAUCUGACUAUGGAGCUUGAAAAUGGCUGGGAGAUGGACCAGCAGAAAACCAACCCUACUGAAAAAAUGUCAGUAAUUUUCUCCUGGUUUUAACAUCCAGCCAGCUUACUUGGCCAGCAGUGCUGCCUGCACAUGUGGGUCUCUUCUCAGUUUGGGAGAAGACCAGUAGGAGCGGUGCUGCUUCUCACAGCCAAAUUUGCUUUGCUUUUGUGGCAGAUAAUGGAGAAUAAGCCAGUUACAGGCUGGUCCACAGUUUUGUUCUGAACUAAAACGGAUGGAGUGGGCAUUGCUGCUAACAGCAGACUGUGCUGUUAUCACUUAGUAAUACUGGUAUCAAAAGACAGGGGUCACCCGGGCGUUUGCUUCUCUAAGGCUGUGAAAAUAUGUGACGUCCUGCCCUUGGCUAAAGAAGGAUGAUUACAGUAAUGCUGUCCAGUUCACAGCACAGUAGGAGGUGCUUCAUGAAUUUUCCGAGGUAUUUCUGGUCAAAUGUCAUCUCCGUGCUACAGCAGAAGUGGAACUUCUGCUUCUGAAUCAUCUGUGGUGUGACAGUAGUGGUGUUUCUGCAUAUCCCCAUGGUACCCUUCAAGUGAAGCCACUCAUGUGCCCGCAUGGCCCUGCACUCAGACCUGGAGCUGACUUCCUCAUUACUAUGAUGGGUCAAUUUUGCAGGCGACUGCCACCCAGAUUGCUGCUGCUGUGACGGUGCACCCUUGGUGUCUUAAGGGACUUGUCUACACUGGAGCUUCCCCUGUGUCUGUCUCCAUCCUCCUCGUCUUCCUCCAACAAAGAGGUUUGUUCCUUCACCCCAGGACUUAUGCCUUAUGCACCUGGCUGCCUACCUGAGCAAACUCAACAUGCUGAGCACUCUGUUCAACCACAAGAGGGGAGGGACUGGGAAGUGGCUGCCAAUGCCCUCCUGAGAAACUGUGCUGUUGAUCUAGAGGAGACCAGAGCUUCUGAGACAGUAAAAGUGUAAAAGUAAAAAGUAAAAGUGCAGCUGUGCUAAACUGAGAGCCUGCCAAGGUCUUCUCCUUUGGGCUCGCUGCUUGGAGCACGGCUUCGUCCAUCCUGGUGCUCCUUUGAGGAGGCACGGCUGGGCUGGGUGUCCCGGUGGCAGGGAGGUAAGCACUUUUUGAAUCCUGAAGGUCCUCACCCUCAAGAAUCUCUGGUCCUACGAUAGUACUGUGGCAGAUCUCACAACUUGGAUCUGCACAGGUCAGCUGAGAAGUCAUCCCAAUGUGCCUUAUGCUGUUACCUCCAGGGAUUUAUACCGAAGGAACCAGGGGCAGCCUCUUUGUUAUCUGCUGGUCUGUGGUUGUUUUUAACAGGGGACAGGAUUUCCCUGGUGUAUGGAGCAGAAGGGGGAGGAUGGAGAGAGGUACCUUAAACUUGCCUUAAACCUGGAUUUUUGCCUAGUGAUUUGUGUAGCAGGGCAAGGACGGGUUCCUCAUGUGCCUUGCAAUUUACAUUUUUUACUGACAAGAUUAUUUUUAAGCACUGUUUGUUACUAAACAAAAGGACAAAAGGGUUUGUAUUUUUUUUCACCUGGGAAGUAGAGAAGGGUAUGGGUGUUAGAUAUUAACCAUCCCCUUCCCACCUUCCAUCUGCUGACUUUGUAUUGUUGAAAACAUUGGUAAUGUUUUAAGCUUUGUACUGUACUGAUCAUUAUUUAAAAGCUUUCAGUGAAAAAAAACAAACAAACAAAACUGUGAAAGUAAAA